CAGAAUGGGCCCCAUGUUUUCUGCAACACGCUGAUAUGGCCUAAGAUUAGUGCCCACUCAGAAAUUGUUGGAUAUGCGACUGUUCACACUCUUAUCCAUUCCCAUCGUCUUCAACCUCUGACUGCUUUAUUAAUCUAAUCUAAAAAGCAGACCUUUCAGAGACAUGCGUACAGCUUCCCAAAACUAGCUUUCUGGAUUUUUUGCCAAUUGUCAAACAAUGUCUUGCUGCAUCUAUAGCUGUAGCUCCGCACCUUCUUUCUCUGCUCCCUCUGCUUCCAAUAGAAGCUCCAGAUUCACUUUCUCCUCAAGUUCAAGGCCCCGGAUCCACUGUGCCUUUGGAGGGACUGUGGCUGAACCAAAAGUUACUGCUGCAGCUGAACCGCUGUUGCUAAAUGCAGUUCGUGGGAAAGAUGUUGAGAGACCCCCAGUUUGGCUCAUGAGGCAAGCAGGGAGGUACAUGAAGAGUUACCAAAUUAUCUGUGAGAAGUAUCCUUCAUUUCGUGAAAGAUCAGAAAAUGUUGAUCUUGUCGUGGAAAUUUCACUUCAACCAUGGAAAGUUUUUAAGCCUGAUGGGGUGAUUUUAUUCUCGGACAUUCUUACCCCUCUAUCUGGGAUGAAUAUACCUUUUGACAUCGUGAAAGGUAGGGGUCCUGUCAUAUUCAAUGCUCUACGCACAGGCGCUGAUGUCGAUCAAGUGAGAGAAUUCAUUCCUGAAGAUUCAGUUCCAUAUGUUGGAGAAGCCUUGACGAUUUUGCGGAAAGAGGUAGAUAAUAAAGCAGCAGUCCUUGGCUUUGUUGGGGCACCUUUUACCCUGGCAUCAUACGUGGUUGAAGGCGGUUCAUCAAAGCACUUUGCAAAAAUAAAGAGAUUAGCUUUCUCACAACCCAAGGUCCUUCAUGCCUUGCUUCAGAAAUUUGCAACGUCAAUGGCAAAAUACAUUCAAUACCAAGCUGAGAGUGGAGCUCAAGCUGUUCAGAUCUUUGACUCAUGGGCCACAGAGCUUAGCCCGGUAGAUUUUGAAGAGUUCAGUCUGCCGUACUUAAAACAGAUGGUGGAUGCUGCAAAACGAACGCAUCCAAAUCUCCCCCUAAUCCUAUAUGCAAGUGGAUCCGGGGGCUUACUAGAGAGGCUAGCUUUGACUGGUGUUGACGUAGUUAGCUUGGAUUGGACUGUUGACAUGGCUGAAGGCAGGAGGCGAUUGGGAGAAAAUAUAGCAGUUCAAGGUAAUGUGGAUCCUGGUGUUCUUUUUGGUUCAAAGGAGUUCAUCACCAACCGAAUCAAGGAUACUGUGAGGAAAGCAGGCAGAGGGAAACAUAUUUUGAAUCUUGGCCAUGGAAUUGUUGUAGGGACACCUGAAGAGAAUGUUGCUCAUUUCUUCGAGGUAGCUAAAGGACUCAGAUACUAAUAAAGCAAAUCUUAGAUAGAUUUCCAUUCUUUUUUUUUUUUAUUUCUGCUUAUUGGAGUUUUUGUGAAACUAGUAGUUUCAUUUCCAACCCUUUA